AAGCUCACGUCGAGCGGGGGAGCGGCGCUGCCUGUGGAGAUCCGCGGAGGCCGACAGGAUUCGUUGGCUGCCGUCCCCGCUGCCGUGCACUGGGUUAAAAACGACAACAAACACCAACCAUGAAAGAUCCAAGUCGCAGCAGUACUAGCCCAAGCAUCAUCAAUGAAGAUGUGAUUAUUAACGGUCAUUCUCAUGAAGAUGAUAAUCCAUUUGCAGAGUACAUGUGGAUGGAAAACGAAGAGGAAUUCAACAGACAAAUAGAAGAGGAGUUGUGGGAAGAAGAAUUUAUUGAACGCUGUUUCCAAGAAAUGUUGGAAGAGGAAGAAGAACAUGAAUGGUUUAUUCCAGCUCGAGAUCUCCCACAAACUAUGGACCAAAUCCAAGACCAGUUUAAUGACCUUGUUAUCAGUGAUGGCACAUCUCUGGAAGAUCUUGUGGUAAAAAAAAAAAAAAAGUCAUUUCUCAUCUUUUUAGACCCUACCUCAUCUCUCCCAUAAGUGGAAAAUCCAGCUACGCUCUAUUUAAGAAGAGUUCCACAUCUCUUCCCCUUUGAAAAAUUUCCCACUCUUUUUAAGCGUGGAAGCAGAGGUCCCCCAGUCUCACAUAGGAUAACUUGUUGGUUCAACUUUGAUGUUGCAUUAAACUUACGUUGCCCUUGGAGUAUCUGAAUGUCUUGGAGUAGUACCAUAUGGCUUGAUUAUAUAAAAGUACCUUGAUGAAAGUUUCGCUCUUUAA